UUGUAGCUAUCAUCAGAGCAUUAGCAUUCUAUAGCGAAAAGAAUGACAUUAUUAAGAGCUAUAGCUAUAGCAAUCAUUUUCUGUGUGUUCUCCAAUUUCCUGCUGAGAGCAGAAAGUAUUAAAGAAGCUACCAACUCUCAACCGUCGUCUCAAUGGAAUGACAGUCCGAGAAAGCUAAACGUACUUAUGCUCACAGUCAUGGCCUCAGGGCAUACGGCAGUUCCUCUAGCACUAGGUGAAGAGUUGGCUAAGAGGGGCCACCAUGUGACACUGUGUAUGGCCGGAAACAAGUAUCAAACUGCAGCUGAGACGGUUGGAAUAGCAUUCAAGAGCAAUGGACCAUCACACGACUUCACACAGUAUGGACAACAAUCUCAGACGCACGGUGGAAUUGGAUCAGACUUAACAACAUUACUAGGUUUAAAACGAGGAAUUGGAAUCGAAACUGAAAACUACUUAAGAAUGUUUGAAGAAGGUCAUCUUGGGAGGGAUUGGGACAUCGUCAUUGCUACCGACUUUAUUUCAUCACUACUUCCGUGUUUAAGUGAAUAUCUAAAUGUCCCAGCGCUGCUAACCCACACUUCAUUACAGACCCACACUCACACGUAUCCAUCGUGGCCCUGGGCUAGUCUCAGCAUAAAAACAAACACAGACGAUAUAACAUUCAGCCAAAGAUUUGUUCAUGCAAUUGAAAGAGCACUUGAACCACAUUUGCUAACAUAUGUUUUCACCCCAACUAAUCGAGACAAGCUAUAUGCUUUUUGCCCACAACAAGCCAGAACUGAUUUAAUCACAGCUCCUAGUACGCGUAUACCAGACAUUGUACCCAGUGUUAUUGGAGUGGAGUACCCACGAACUAUAUCCCCCCUCUCCCAUUACGUUGGGCCCAUUCUAACAGAGCAUCCCUCGCCAUGCACAGACAAACUGGAGAGUUGGCUUAACAACAAAGAAGAUAAAAGUGUUAUCUACAUUAGUAUGGGGUCAGUGACUCUAGUCACAAAAGAGCUAGCUAAAGCUUUCAUUGGUGGGAUAAAGAAAACUAACUACAGUGUUCUAUGGGCUAUGAAGAAAACUGAACAUUUUGAGCUAGACAUUGAUCCUGAGAGAUUUUUCACCGGCGACUGGCUUCCACAGUUGUCAGUGUUAAGACACAGAGCUACAAGUUUGGCUAUCAUGCAUGGAGGAGCGAAUGGUGUUCACGAGAGCCUACACAGUGGAGUGCCUUUGAUUCUGGUACCAGGAAUGAUUGAACAGAAUGCUAACGCAGGUCGAGUGCACCACCAUCGACUGGGUAUACAUCUGAACAAGCAAGGACUCACAGCAGAACAGGUGUACCAGAGCAUAAUGGAGAUCGACUCUGGAGAUUAUCGAAAGAAUGUGAGAAAGCUUCAGAAGGUGUUCCGAGCAGCUGGAGGAGCCAAGAGAGCAGCUGAUCUGGUGGAGUUCUACUCAGAGGUUGGCUACGAUCAUCUCAUCCCAGCCUAUGCCAAGUACAACUGGAACUGGGUGCAGUACUACAAUGCUGAUGUGUACACUCUACUGUUGGUGUGUGCACUAGUUACUCUCUACAUAGACUAUAAGAUAUUGAAGUGCCUCUACUCUAGGUGCUGCAAGUCAAAGAAGCAAAAAAAUGAGUAAUUUGCAUUUACCAA